UGUCUGCUACUUUUGUGUAUUAGAUUUCGGAUUUCGGACAAAGACAAAACAAAGAACGGAUUUCUCUGGUUAUUACACAUUAAUAAAGCAGAGUGAUUGUAGUAAUACAACUCACAAAGUGUAAGAUGUCUACAAGUAAUUUUGAUGAUGAGGUUAUGAUUAUUGAUGAUGACUCUGAUGAAGAUGAAAACUUAAAGAACUGCAGUGAAGAAGACUAUCUCUCCUUUGCAAGGUCUAGAAGAGAGUCAGAAAACGCCCGUAUCCAAGACCAACUGGAGAAGUUAGAAAAAUUGGACAUCAGCGAGGAAGAAAAGCAACGGCAAGGUAAGCAGUUACGAAUGCUAGCCUUUGUUAAUCCUGGGAAAUUCAUGGAUGACUUUGUUCCAGAAAAGAGCGCUAGAGAAAUGAAAAAGAUAAACAGACGGCUAAACAAGGACAAAGUCGGUACAUCAACCUUUGCUGUCAAUGAACAGACUCGACCAAAAACAAAGAAAAACCAACUGUAUGAUGAGUUCGGAAAUCUAGCGAUCAAUGGCAAGAACCUGUGUGAUUGCCUGGACGUGGACUGUCCAGGAUGCCACUUCCCCUGUCCAAAGUGUAGCUCAGAGAAGUGCGGUGGUGACUGUAGGUGUAACCGGAAGUGGGUCUAUGAGUAUGUGGAAAGUGAGGGGACUGGGACCACAAUCUCCUGGCCUCCUGAAGCAAGAACUUGAGAAGCAACCAUUAAAGUGUUUGACGUUUAGAAAACGUUGUGUUGCUACGAAAACCCUUGCAGUGCAAUAUUAUAAGUAUGUCAAUCAUCAGUUCGUCAGUUCGUGUUCAGUCAAAGUUCCAACUUGAUGUCAGACAAAGACUGACUUGUAACUGAUAUAUAACUAUAUAAUUCUAGUAACUCAGACUUGCUGGUUUUUAUACUAUUGUCAUUCAGUCAUUGAAACAUUUGUAUUGGAGUGUUAUGAAUUGCUGUACAUUACUCCUUUGCCAACAGCUCUUUAGAAUGCACCCACAUGUACUUACAUGUUCAUAGAAUGGGCUGCACUGUAAGAUUAUGGAUAUUCUGACUUAAUGUUCUUUGACCAAUUUUUAGCUGGACUAUUCGUACUACUCGCCCCAGAGUCGGCAUCGGCUUCUGGUUAAAGUUUUAGGGCAAGUUGGGAUUUUCACUACUAAGUCCAAUACCCUACAUUCGAUUGACUUAAUACUUCACACAGUUGUUCAGGGCCAUCACAUGAUGAGGUUAGAUAACUCCAUAUUAUUCUUUACACAGAUUAUGGCCCCUGAUUGACUAUGAAACUUAGGUUAAAGUUUUAGGGCAAUUUGGAAUAUUCUAUAUCCUUUGUUUAAUUGACUAAAUACUUCACACAGUUGUUCAGGACCAUCACACAAUGAGGUUACAUAACUCCAUAUUAUCCUAAAUACAAGUUAUGGCCCCUGAUUGACUUAGGUUAAAGUUUAAGGGCAGGUUAAAGUUUUAGGGAAAGUUGGGAUUUUCACUUAAAACUGCAAUACCAUUCAUUCAAUUGACAUAAUACUUCACACAGAUGUUCAGGGCAAGUUGGGAUUUUAUUAAAAUAACUUCUAUACCGUUCAUUAAAUGCACUUAAGAAAAUUCAAAGUUAUUUACGACCAUCUUACAACAAGAAACAUAACUCCGUUUUAAGCCUAAAUACUAAUGAUGGCCCUUCAUUUUUUUAUAUUUUUUUUAAAUUUCCUUUGAAAGGCAUAUUUGUAUAUUCUUAACCACAUCUUCAUAAUGGGAAAUCAAGUUAUUUGAAUGACUUGCGUCAUUGUUUGGGCGGGCUGGUGGGAGGGCAGCAUCAAAGUCACCUUAUGUAUCGAAUAAUUUUAGUUAGGUUUGACAUAAAGAGACCAAACUUGGUAUUAUUACAUCAUUAUUGUAUUCUAAGUCAAAGCGGCGUAGUCGAGCGCGCUGUCUUACGACGGCUCUUGUAAGAUAUAAUUAUGUUCGUUUACUCAAUUUUUAAGAAUCAAUCCUGAACAUGUUAAACUUAUGUUUUAACAUUUAGAAAAUACGUUAUGAUGAAUAUAAACUUGGAGAUAACUACAUAUAUGCAUGUCUAUUUGCUAUAGUAGAGUUUAGGCCAUUGAAAUGUCAACAUUUUACCAUGUAGAAACAAAUGGGUUUUUUUCUUUUGCAUAUCAUAACAUCAGUAUAUAUCGAUAAUCAGUUUCUCAGUUUUCGGUAAAGAUUUUCGUCUUUGACUGUUAUGAGCGCUUAAAACAGGCGAUACAUUCAAUUCCGCGGAUUUCUUGUAACAGUUUUAGCCGCAAGAAUAAAAUCUAGCGCCGCAUCUCAAAUAAGCAUCUACUGAACCUGUUUAUGUUCAUCAUGCAUUUGAAACGAUAUAUUUGUUUCAGUGAUCUUUGUGUCUAACUGAGGUAUCCAUAUUUGAUUCAUGAGUUGAAAUAAAAUGUGAAGUAA